CAACGGGUAGUGUGUAGCUACGUCAAAUAGAUAUUCCUAAAACGGUGAUAUGUGUACAUUUUCAAAGUCUUUCAAUUGGUUUGUCUUUUCAUGAUCUGAUCGAUUCAUCUCUAGAUUUGAACCUCUAGAACGACUCACGUAAUGUCAAAUUUGGAGGAAAGAAACGAUUGUUGCAGAGAGUAGGGUGGAGCACCGUUUCUCCUCUUCUGUCUGAUUUCUAUUUGUUUAGCUUCGAUUCACCAGAACUGAGGCGUUGACGUGUGUCACUGAGGGAGGUAGCGGGUGAGAACGUUCAGUGGACGGAAUUAUGUUCAAUGACUUAUUGAGUAAAUUGAGAACCUAUCCCAUUCUCCUAGCAUGGCUGAAGUCGGCCGUGCUGAAGCGUCUGGCGCUCGGAUUGGCAGUUUUGUUCUUGACAAUGACUGUAGCGUGGAAUGUGUGGACACCCCAGAGGGAUACUGCUCCUGCUGCACAGCUUACACUUCCUGGCAGCUUGUUCGGUGAAAGCACAGAUACAGAUGAGCAAGAAGUGACACAUAGUCCAGGGUCUAAUGCGUUGGAGCGCGAACGUCAACUUCACAGGAUCGGCUCGCACGGCAUACGUCCAGCGUUGAAUGCCCCGCAUGCUGCCAGCAGAGCGGCACAGCCAGUGCAGCAUCGACGGCCAGUGCAGCAUCGACGGCCAGUUACAACUGCAGCGUCUCGAGCACCUGCCAACCAGCAGAGACCCACCACAGUAGCGCCUCGCCUUGUAAGACCUAGUUCUGAAACCCAGCAUGACGGCGACAAUGCCGACCAUGGCGAAGCACGAGAGCGGCGGAGAGCGGCGAAGCCAAGACGCAAGACUGACGGCUCGGCUGCUGACUACUAUACGGCCGAUUUACUGUACGGUUUGUUGGACCAGAAGCCGUUUGAUCCCGGCCAGAAUGUUCCUGACUAUCGACAUCUGUAUAAUGUAACGCAGGCAAUACAGAAGAAAGCCAUUGAGAUCAUUGUCAUUCCUCACUCACAUAAUGACCCUGGAUGGCUAGAGACAUUCGAGGACUACUAUAGUGGUUCGACACGGAGUAUUCUCGACAAUGUUGUCCUAGGACUGCAGACGUACCCAAAGUGGAAGUUUAUCUGGUCGGAAAUGUCUUUCCUGCAUCGCUGGUGGAGUGAUCAGGGUGAGGAGACACGGGACAUUGUGAGAGGCCUCGUGCGCAGUGGCCGCCUUGAACUUGCCACUGGUGGGUGGGUGAUGCCGGAUGAAGCUAACACGCACUAUCAUGCCGUGCUUGAUCAGCUCAUUGAAGGUCAUCACUGGAUUCGCACUAACAUUGACAGCAAAUGGCAGCCGAAGAGUAGCUGGUCAAAUGACCCGUUUGGCUACUCAUCGUCCGUCGCUCAUCUCUAUCAGCAAGCGGGCAUCAAGCGUUUGAUGAUACUGCGCACACAUUAUAUGCUGAAGCGCUACCUGGCGCAGCAUCAUGCACUGCAGUUCCGCUGGAGACAGCCCUGGGAUGCUCUGCACCGCUCUGCUGUGUUCACCCAUCUCGAGCCGAGCAGUUUGUAUUCCACUAAGCACUCGUGCGGAAUUAGUCCUGAAUCAUGCUGUUUGUUUGACUUUUUCUAUCUGAAGUUCUGUGAGGGGAGUGAUCAGUGCGAUUGUGUGGUUCACAAAGUCACCGAGAAAAACAUCCACCAUCUAGCAACUACUCUGGUUGACCAGGCCCGUUCUAAGUCUAUGCUUUUCCAGACGAACACUGUGUCGAUCCUGAAUGGGGAUGAUUUUCGCUAUACAUCUUUCACAGAGGUGAAGGAUCAGUAUGUCAACUACGACGCCUUGAUGGAGUAUAUCAACAGUCAUCCAGAUUUUCAUGCCUCCAUCAAGUUUGGCACACUGGGGGAAUUCUUGGAGAAGGCUGAACAGGAAAAUAGCCGCUUUCCUCAUCUUCAUGGAGACUUUUUCCCGUACUCUGACAAGUACACGGCGUAUUGGACCGGCUACUUCUCAAGCCGGCCGUUUCACAAGGCGUAUGCCCGCAUUGUCCAGUCCCUCCUGUAUGCGACGGACAGUCUGUUUGUGUGGGCGUCUGCGCGUGGCCGUGCACCAGCCGGCACGUUUGAGCAGCUAACCGCCGCCCGCCACCAGUUUAACAUAUUCCAGCAUCACGAUGCGGUGACGGGCACGUCACGCGCGUACGUCAUGGCCGACUACCUGGACCGACUGCGCUCGGCACACCGCCACCUGGCCAACGCUUCGGCCAAUCUUCUAAGUAGCCUGUCCGGCCUGCCAUCGCUCGCCUUGGUGACCAGUGCCCGAUACAAUGCUGGCCGUGACACACAUACGACGGUCAAUGCCAGCCGCCCAGCUACAGUACUGGUGCUCAACCCCCUGCCAAGGCCCGUUAAGCGAUUGAUAUCUGUGUUCGUCUUGUCGCCACACGUAGCUGUCCGCGACUGUUCUAACCAGGCGGUCGCGUUUGCAACAAGCUUGCUGCUCAAGCCAGAGUACGUGCGUGGAAGACUGAACAGCACUGCCGUCGAAUCUGUCCGGCUUACGUUUGAAGCAGACCUGCCAGCUCUGGGCUAUGCAGUGUAUAGUGUAGUACCCGUGAAGCUAGCUAAGCGUGUCCAGGGCCGGCCGGCUCGUGAUGUGAUAAGUCUGCACAACGCCAGCAAAGACUUUCGGGUGCCGUCUUUCUGGCCAAUUCAGAAAGUGCCGAAAGUGCCGUUUGAUCUUGUCACUGACAGCUUCUCAGCGGCUUUCUCUGCCGAAGGCCUCCUCACAACACUCACAGUCGACGGUAAGACUAUCGAGAUGAAAAUUGAGUUUGUAGUGUACAGAGAAACAGAAAUGGAAGAGCAAACUGGUGGCGCCUAUAUAUUCCAGCCUACGAAGGAAGCCAGUCCUAUCGGCACCCCGGCGACGUUUGUGCGUGUCGAAUCGGGCCUGCUCUGCCACUACGUGACUUCGCACUGGCGUUUCGUCGAGCACACGGUGCGCUUGUGCAACGCGACGUCGUCCCUGGGGCCAGUCCAGCUGUCCAUUACGAACCAGGUGAGUAUGCAGUGGAUGAACAUGCCUGAGGUUGACAUUGCCAUGCGUAUUACGUCCUCAUUGCACAGUGCUGAUCUACUCUUCACCGACCUCAAUUCGCUGCAGAUGGCGCAGAGGCGACGCUUCCGCGACAUGAUUGCACCGAAUUUUUACCCGUUCACGUCGCUCGCGUACAUUCAGGAUCGCACAUGGCGCCUGUCACUGCAUACUCAGCAACCACUCGGCGUAUCGUCUUUGCAGGCCGGCAGGUUGGAAGUUAUUCUAGAUCGUAAUACUGACAUGGAUGAUGGCCGCGGGCCCGUCGGUGGUACACCAGAGAGUAUUUCCUGCACCCAGUCAAGUUUCGAGCUUGUCCUAGAGCGCCGGGAUUCCGCAGCAACCAUGGAACCGACUGAUUUGUCCCUUGAGGCUCAACUCCUAGCUCAGCACGUUUUACAUCCGCCCCAGAUAUUUUCAUCUUACCCUGCUAAACGCCCUAAGCUGUGCAGCGGUGGCUUCCUCAAGACCGGGAUGCCAUGCAGUAUUCAAAUUGCCAGCCUUCGUCCGAUAGGAGAUCCCGGGACAAGCAAAGAAUCUGCCGGGACAAGCAAAGAAUCUGCUGCUUCUGCAGCCGCUCUUGUUCUCUAUCGACUACCUGCCAGUGUAUCCCUUUCUCGUAGAACAGCCUCACAAGUGUGCCAACGUACUGGUCAUGUUGAUGGCCAACAGCAGAACGUCCCACCUCUUGCCAAUCUAUUUGAUGGUGUGCGAGUUGAGCAAGCUGCGAACUGCUCGCUGACGAUGCUUGACACGCAUGGUGCUAUUGCCUUAGACACUCCGCUUGCUCUUGACCACAGGCAACUGCAGACGCUGAAAUUGCGUUUUAGCCAGGUUGACGUUCAUUGAUCUUGAAACCACAUUUCUCGACACUUGAGAUUUCCACUACAUGAAUUGUAUUCUACAUUGCAAUUCGUAGUAGAGUGUGCUAUCAGUUGUAUCCAACUCCUCAUACCCAAUCUCUGACCAUUUUCUUGACACCGGUAUAAUUAUAUAGUCAUACGUUCUUUUGAACAACUUCGCAGGACACGAAAAUGAAUUAGUGCAAGAAUUUUUUUAUAUGUUCUUUUUCUUGCAGUCAUGCGUUCUUACUAAUAUUUUAGUUUGCGAUUUGAAGAGUUUUUAACUAAUUUUACCGUAAAAACCAGUCAUAUAUCUCAGAAUUCAGAUCUAUAGUCUAGUCUCCUGGUUCAUUUCUCUCGAACUCUUGAAUAUAGUCUUGAGCGUACAGUUAUGUUUAACCCUUUCAGUGAAAUAGUAGUAGUAGUCAUUGUCACUAUGUUGCCCCGCUCUUCUUGAGUCAUAUCGAAGACAAUAUCCAAUAUUAGACAGUUCAAAGACCAUGUGAAAUGCCAUGUCAAGUUGUAGGCUCUCUCGCCUCUUUUGCUAGCUUGUUUCGCCACUAUUCACCAUGGCAUAGUCAACAUAGUGAUAAACUUCACCCCCGUCGAGGCGUUAUUUUCUUCAGAUAAUUAUGUUUUCUUCUUAUUUUUUUCCUUCUCUUGCCAUGGCUGGCUAACGCCCCCUCCUCCAUUGGCUUCUGCCAUUGGACUGAAAUUAAAAACUGUAAGUGCACGAACGCUGUCCUACCGGAUUUACAUGUACCGGUACAUGUACCGGUAGUAGUUUUUCACGAUAAUAAU